AAACCCCCAGAACUGAGCUUCUACAUUAGUCAAUCCUCUUUGAGUGUAAACAUGGCGAAUCGUACGGUUAAAGACGCCAAGUCAAUUCGAGGGACAAAUCCUCAGUAUUUAGUGGAGAAAAUCAUAAGAUCACGUAUUUAUGAUUCUAAAUACUGGAAGGAAGAGUGUUUUGCUCUAACUGCCGAGUUAUUGGUCGACAAGGCCAUGGAGUUAAGAUAUAUUGGUGGAGUUUUUGGUGGAAAUGUCAAGCCCACACCAUUUAUCUGUCUCACUCUAAAAAUGCUGCAAAUUCAGCCAGAGAAGGAUAUCAUAGUGGAGUUCAUAAAGAAUGAGGAAUUCAAAUAUGUGCGUGCCCUGGGUGCUCUUUACAUGAGACUCACUGGGACGUCUUUGGAUUGCUACAAGUACCUGGAGCCUCUCUUCAAUGACAAUCGAAAAUUACGGCAGCAGAACAAACAGGGACAAUUUCAGCUGAUUCACAUGGACGAGUUCAUUGACAGUCUGCUGAGGGAGGAGAGGAGCUGCGAUGUUAUUCUCCCCAGGAUACAGAAGAGGCACGUUCUGGAAGAGAACAAUGAGCUCGAGGCAAAGAUAUCUGCUCUAGAGGAUGACAUGGACGACGGUAUAGAGACCUCAGAGGAUGAUGAGAUCCCUCCAUCCAAGGAUGAGACUAGAAAACGACAGGAUGAUUACGAGAGGGACAGGGAGCGUCACAGGGAUCGAGACAAAAGACACUCCAGGUCUGAUAAGAAAUCGGAGCGUGAAAAGAGAUCGAGGAGUCGGGAGAGGGAUCGCAGGGAGCGAAAGAGGAGUAAAUCUCCUAGGGUUUAUUCACAUAAGGAUAAGGAAAGGGAGAAAGAUCGACACAGGAGGGACGACAGGGAGAGGGAUCGAGAGAGGGAGAGGGAUAGGGAUCGGAGACGUGAGAGAGAUCGUAAUCGGCAUUGAUUCAGUCACG